AUGCUCAUCCCUAGUUUGGUGGUCGUUUCUAUGGUGAGUAGUGCGAGUGUGGUUCUCUCAUCUCCAUCCCAUUCGCAUCCUUCUCCAAUUCAUCUCAUUCGUCGCCCACAUUCUUCACAAGAAAUCCUUCUCAAUUCACUCCAAAAGCAGCAACAGCAACACCAAAACAAUAAAGCGUUUCAUUCACUGUCUUGCCAGAAUUCCCCUUCGACCCCUCAUCCAAUGAUUUCACUUCCCGUUGUUCAACCAAGAGGCACUGGAACAACCAUGUCCUCAGCGUUAAGACAGGUGCGCAGCGGUGAAGGGACACAACCACAACAAGGCAACACUGCGGUUGCGUCACAGAACCCAUUGCAAAAUCAUAUGCAAAUGUUGUUGAAGAAUCAAUUCGCUCAUCUAAUGCCUAAUGGACAAACUCCUUUUCAAACUGUUAUCCCGAGAAAACUGUCGCAAACAAUUCCUCAACCGGUGGCUCAACAGGCGAAGAAUUCAGAUCAAGAGUUGAGGGAUUUGUUGUUGAGGAGGGAAAUGCAGAUAAGGGAUAAAUUGGAGGCCUCACUUAUGCCACAUCUUUCAUCAAUGGAUCGGGAGAAAUUCUUGCCAUCAUUGAUUGGGAUUGGAUCCGCCGCUCCAGCACCUCCGAUAUUGCCCAUGGCUUUGACUGAUGCAAUUGCCGAACAAAAGAAAUUCCACGAGAUGCAAGCGCUGCGAGCGGCUGGAUUGAGUUGUGAUUCAAUCCCCGGCUCAUCCUCAUCAUCGAUCACUCUCCGUUCAACUUCACAUCCAAAUCAACUCAAUGAGGCUCUUUUACUCCAUCACCAACACCAACAACACCAACAACUCCUUCAAAACCAAAAAGCUAAUGCUAAACAAGCAAUCGAUUCUUUACUUCAAAUAAUGAACGGAUUAUUGAGAUUUUGUGAAGUGUUGAGAACAUUGUAUGAUAAACAACCGGGGAUCAGUUUAGAGCCAGCUGGUUGGCCAGGUCUUCCACCACCUCCAUUCACUCACCAGUCAGUUCAUGCCGUUUGUUCAGCUUGGAACUGGAAAAAGAAGCUUAUUGAAUCAAAACAAGCUCUUCGAAAUGUUGAAGAACAUCGAAAAUCCGAGGACAGCCAGGCUUUUGGGAGUUAUAAUGCUACUCUACUAGCAUUUAUUGCUGCUCAAGAGAAAGACGUUGAGACAGCAAAAGCUCAAUACAAUGCAGGCUGUCAGAUUUUGUUCGAUCAUUUAUGGGUACGAUUUGUCUCUGAUCAGACAAAUGUCGAUUUGUUUAAGUAUUUUACCGAUCAAAUCAAAGUGAUUUUCGACUUGGGUAUACCAGAAACACCAAGAUCCUCUCCAACAACGUCGAAAUCGCUCACUCCAGCCACUCCUGUACCACCAGUGCCCACUGCGCCAGACUCUCUUCCUCCUCAACUCAUCCCAAUCCCCAUCCCAUCCACUUCUCAAUCUUUAAUCUCUUCUCUUCCAUCAUCUACUUCUCAAAUUCGCACAAUUUUACAGAAAAAUAACUUAUCGGAUGAGCCAUCGACUUCAGAAGAACCAACGGAGAAAAAGAGGAGAAUUGAGGGAGCAAAUAUUCCAUCAGAUCCAGUUGGCAAGAAAACUGAGACUGAGAAGCUUUCCGAAACGAUAAUCACUUGUUUGAUGGAAGUUGAGGAGGAAAGAAAAGCCUAUUUCUCUUUAAAACACAAAAGAGAAUUGAUUCUUUGCGAGAAGCGGCGUUUCAUGUUGGAACUGCAAAAGUGUACUCAACAACGAGACAAUGCAAAGAAUGAAAAAGAAAGAAAUGAAUGGGAAAUGAAAAGAAAAGAAAUGGAGGAAAGGAUACAAUCAACGCAAAUGGAAUGGAUUAAUAUUGGACAACAAGCGGCACAAGAGGACGGGAAGGGUUUAAUGACCUUGAAGAAGGUCUCACAAAUGGAUGAAGAAAGAGAAGAACUUUUAUUCAAAUUGGAUCGAUUGAGACAAGUGAUUGUCGGGAAAAAUAAUGAGAAUGAAAAAUUCGUUGCUCUCUCAUCAAAUGAUCCAUUGCGUGUCUUUCAAACUCCACAAUUAACACAGCACAAUAUGUUGAAGAAACAUUUAUUAUUGCGUAUGGUUGAGCUGAUGAAAAUGGACACAAGAUUUCGCGAUUUGGGAAUGAAAACUUUACAACAAAUAGCGAUUACGCAGUUGAUUUUGAUGCCCGAGUUGAGAUAUGGAAAGAUAAAUGUGGCGAGAGGUGAUGGUCCAUUGAUCACCACUCAAAUGGUCAGCGAAUUCCUUGGUGGAAGCCUUGAAAAAGAUGAAAUAGAGACAUUUGCAAGAGAGUUGUCCGUUGUUGCCGAUUGUGUGUUAAACGAUUCAGACGUUCAGCUGAGAAUGGGUUAUAUUAUGAUGCACGUGAAUGAAGAAUAUCAUAAUCAACUCCUUGCUUCUGGACAGAAAGAUUGGGUGAUUCCAAGUGAAAUUUCGGAGAGAAUUAAGAAAGGAAUUGAAGAAGAAAGAGUAGAGAAUCAAGGAAAUGAUGGGAAGAAAGGAGAUGAAGAUGAAGAGAUUGAUAUUGAAGGAGAUGAAGAUGGGAAUGGGAAUGAGAGAAGUGAGAAAGGAGAGGAAAGAGAUGGGAAUGCUGGAGUGACCGAGAAGUUCAUCAAUGGGACGACGAGUUCG